CCGGCUCGGCCGUCACUCGGCCCGGCGCGCUCUGCGGGCAGCGGCCGGAGCGGCCGGAGGAACCCAGUUCGGCAGCAGCGGCAGCGGCGGCGCUGGGAGACCGAGGAGGAUGCGGCACCGGCUUUCAGAGCCCGGGGCUGCGACCGCCGCCUGCGAAUAGGAGGCGGCGCGCGGCGCGGGCGGUGCUCGGGGCGGGGGAGCAGGGGGCGGCGAGGAGGCGGUGGCGGCAGGAGCCCGCGCCCGGCCCGGCGCCCGCCCGCCCUGCGCUGCUCCGCGGCGCCUUUUCUGCACCCGCCGCCCCGCGGAGCGAGAGCCUCGGCCCUUCGCCCGGCUGCAGCGAGCUGCCCUGCGCCCGGCCCAGUCCCGGCCUUAGGAAUGGCAAACUUGCGCCCCGUCGCCGCCCCCGCCAGCGCCUGCCCCCGCUCCUGCUGCUGACGGCGCCCAGCCGGAGCUGAGUUCGUUCAGCGCUCACCCCCGCCCCCCAUCUUUUUGGUAACUCCCAAGCCUGGGGCCGAGGUCCCCUUCAUCUCUGGGCAAGGGACAUAGGAUGACCCCAGCCUGUCCCCUCUUACUGUCUGUGAUUCUGUCCCUGCGCCUGGCCGCUGCCUUUGACCCUGCCCCCAGUGCCUGCUCUGCCCUGGCCUCGGGAGUGCUCUACGGGGCCUUCUCGCUGCAGGACCUCUUUCCUACCAUCGCCUCGGGCUGCUCCUGGACCCUGGAGAACCCUGACCCCACCAAGUACUCCCUCUACCUGCGCUUCAAUCGCCAGGAGCAGGUGUGCGCACACUUUGCCCCCCGCCUGCUGCCCCUGGACCACUACCUGGUCAACUUUACCUGCCUGCGGCCUAGCCCUGAGGAGGCGGUGGCCCAGGCAGAAUCAGAGGUGGGGCAGCCAGAGGAGGAGGAGGCAGAGGCGGCAGCGGGAUUGGAGCUGUGUGGCGGCUCAGGCCCCUUCACCUUCCUGCACUUUGACAAGAACUUCGUGCAGCUGUGCCUGUCGGCUGAGCCCUCGGAGGCCCCACGCCUGCUGGCACCUGCUGCCCUGGCCUUCCGCUUUGUUGAGGUCUUGCUCAUCAACAACAACAACUCCAGCCAGUUUACCUGCGGUGUGCUCUGCCGCUGGAGUGAGGAGUGUGGCCGCGCUGCUGGCAGGGCCUGUGGCUUUGCCCAGCCGGGCUGCAGCUGCCCUGGUGAGUCAGGGGCCGGCUCCGCCACCACCACCACGCCUCCAGGCCCUCCUGCUGCCCACACCCUGUCCAAUGCGCUGGUGCCUGGGGGCCCUGCCCCACCUGCCGAGGCUGAUUUGCACUCGGGGAGCAGCAAUGAUCUAUUCACUACCGAGAUGAGAUAUGGUGAGGAGCCGGAAGAGGAACCGAAGGUGAAAACCCAGUGGCCGAGGUCUGCAGAUGAGCCUGGGCUAUACAUGGCGCAGACAGGCGACCCGGCAGCUGAGGAGUGGUCCCCGUGGAGCGUGUGUUCCCUGACGUGUGGGCAGGGUCUGCAGGUGCGGACCCGCUCCUGCGUGUCCUCCCCCUAUGGGACCCUGUGCAGCGGGCCCCUGCGGGAGACCCGGCCCUGCAACAAUUCAGCCACCUGCCCAGUGCACGGCGUGUGGGAGGAGUGGGGGUCCUGGAGCCUGUGCUCCCGCAGCUGCGGGCGGGGGUCUCGGAGCCGGAUGCGGACCUGCGUGCCCCCCCAGCACGGCGGCAAGGCCUGCGAGGGUCCCGAGCUGCAGACUAAGCUCUGCAGUAUGGCCGCCUGCCCGGUGGAAGGCCAAUGGCUAGAAUGGGGUCCCUGGGGCCCAUGCUCCACAUCCUGUGCUAAUGGGACCCAGCAGCGCAGCAGGAAGUGCAGCAUAGCAGGACCAGCCUGGGCCACGUGCAUGGGUGCCCUCACUGACACCCGGGAGUGCAGCAACCUUGAGUGCCCAGCUGCUGAUGGCAAGUGGGGGCCUUGGAAUGCAUGGAGCCUGUGCUCCAAGACGUGUGACACAGGCUGGCAGCGCCGCUUCCGCAUGUGCCAGGCUACAGGUACACAGGGCUAUCCCUGUGAGGGCACUGGAGAGGAGGUGAAGCCCUGCAGUGAGAAGAGAUGUCCAGCCUUCCAUGAGAUGUGCAGGGACGAGUAUGUGAUGCUGAUGACAUGGAAGAAGGCGGCUGCUGGAGAGAUCAUCUACAACAAAUGCCCCCCGAAUGCCUCAGGGUCUGCCAGCCGCCGCUGUCUCCUCAGUGCCCAGGGCGUGGCGUACUGGGGACUGCCCAGCUUUGCCCGCUGCAUCUCUCACGAGUACCGCUACCUUUAUCUGUCACUCCGGGAGCACCUGGCCAAGGGGCAGCGCAUGCUGGCUGGUGAGGGCAUGUCACAGGUUGUGCGCAGUCUGCAGGAGCUACUGGCCCGGCGCACCUACUAUAGUGGAGACCUGCUCUUCUCCGUGGACAUUCUAAGGAAUGUCACCGACACCUUUAAGAGGGCCACCUAUGUGCCCUCAGCUGAUGAUGUGCAGCGCUUCUUCCAGGUGGUGAGCUUCAUGGUGGACGCAGAGAACAAGGAGAAGUGGGACGAUGCUCAGCAGGUAUCCCCUGGCUCUGUGCACCUGCUCCGUGUCGUGGAGGACUUCAUUCACCUGGUGGGCGAUGCUCUCAAGGCCUUCCAGAGCUCUCUGAUUGUCACGGACAAUCUGGUGAUCAGCAUUCAGCGGGAGCCUAUCUCGGCAGUGUCCAGCGACAUCACAUUCCCCAUGCGAGGCCGCCGGGGCAUGAAGGACUGGGUGCGGCACUCGGAGGACCGACUCUUCCUGCCCAAGGAGGUGCUCAGCCUCUCCUCUCCAGGGAAGCCAGCCGCAUCUGUGGCUUCUGCUGCUGCUGCAGGCAGCCCCAGCAGGGGGAGAGGCCCAGUGGCUGCUGCUGCUGCUGCAGGCAGCCCCAGCAGGGGGAGAGGCCCAGGAACAGUGGCCCCUGGUCCAGGCCACUCCCACCAGCGCCUCCUCCCGGCGGACCCAGAUGAUUCCUCCUACUUUGUGAUUGGUGCUGUGCUCUACCGCACCCUUGGCCUCAUCCUGCCACCCCCAAGGCCCCCGCUGGCCGUCACGUCCAGAGUGAUGACAGUGACUGUGCGCCCACCCACCCAGCCUCCAGCUGAGCCUCUGAUCACAGUGGAGCUCUCCUAUAUCAUCAACGGCACCACAGAUCCCCACUGCGCCAGCUGGGACUACUCCAGAGCAGAUGCCAGCUCAGGGGACUGGGACACUGAGAGCUGCCAGACACUGGAGACCCAGGCAGCUCAUACCCGCUGCCAGUGCCAGCGCCUGUCCACCUUUGCCGUGUUGGCCCAGCCACCCAAGGACCUGACUCUGGAGCUGGCAGGCUCCCCUUCGGUCCCCCUGGUGAUCGGCUGUGCGGUGUCCUGCAUGGCGCUGCUCACCCUGCUUGCCAUCUAUGCUGCCUUCUGGAGGUUCAUAAAGUCUGAACGUUCCAUCAUCUUGCUGAACUUCUGCCUGUCCAUUCUGGCAUCCAACAUCCUGAUCCUCGUGGGCCAGUCCCGGGUGCUGAGCAAGGGCGUGUGCACCAUGACGGCUGCCUUCCUGCACUUCUUCUUUCUCUCCUCCUUUUGCUGGGUGCUUACCGAGGCCUGGCAGUCCUACCUGGCUGUCAUUGGGCGGAUGCGCACCCGCCUCGUUCGCAAGCGCUUCCUCUGCCUGGGCUGGGGUCUGCCUGCCCUGGUGGUGGCCGUGUCUGUUGGCUUUACCCGAACCAAAGGAUACGGUACAUCCAGCUACUGCUGGCUCUCCCUGGAGGGCGGCCUACUCUACGCCUUUGUGGGCCCUGCUGCUGUCAUAGUACUGGUGAACAUGCUCAUUGGAAUCAUUGUCUUCAACAAGCUCAUGGCACGUGAUGGCAUCUCCGACAAAUCCAAGAAGCAGAGGGCCGGGUCGGAGCGGUGCCCCUGGGCCAGCCUGCUCCUCCCCUGCUCAGCGUGUGGAGCGGUCCCCAGCCCCCUGCUCAGCUCAGCCUCGGCCAGGAACGCCAUGGCCUCACUCUGGAGCUCCUGCGUGGUGCUGCCCCUGCUGGCGCUCACCUGGAUGUCUGCCGUUCUGGCCAUGACAGACCGCCGCUCCGUCCUCUUCCAGGCCCUCUUUGCAGUCUUCAACUCAGCACAGGGCUUUGUCAUCACUGCUGUGCACUGCUUCCUGCGCCGAGAGGUCCAGGAUGUGGUGAAGUGCCAGAUGGGCGUAUGUCGAACUGAUGAGAGUGAAGACUCUCCUGACUCAUGCAAGAAUGGACAGCUGCAGAUCCUGUCAGACUUUGAAAAGGACGUGGAUCUGGCUUGUCAAACAGUUCUGUUCAAGGAAGUCAACACUUGCAACCCAUCCACCAUCACGGGCACACUAUCCCGCCUGUCGCUGGAUGAGGACGAGGAGCCCAAGUCCUGCCUCGUGGGUCCUGAGGGAGGCCUCAGCUUCUCACCACUGCCUGGGAAUAUCCUGGUGCCCAUGGCAGCCUCGCCAGGGCUGGGGGAGCCACCGCCCCCUCAGGAGGCCAAUCCUGUGUACAUGUGUGGGGAGGGUGGCCUGCGGCAGCUGGACCUCACAUGGCUGCGGCCCACCGAGCCAGGCUCCGAGGGGGACUACAUGGUGCUGCCCCGGCGGACUUUGAGCCUGCAGCCUGGCAGUGGGGGCGGAGGGGGUGAGGAUGCCCCAAGGGCCCGGCCCGAGGGGACCCCCCGGCGGGCUGCCAAGACACUGGCUCACCCUGAAGGCUACCCCAGCUUCCUGUCCGUGGAACACUCGGGCCUAGGGCUGGGCCCUGCCUAUGGAUCUCUACAGAACCCCUAUGGGAUGACCUUCCAACCGCCACCGCCGACACCCAGUGCACGCCAAGUGCCCGAGCCAGGGGAGCGCAGCCGGACCAUGCCCCGCACGGUGCCCGGCUCUACCAUGAAGCUGGGCUCCCUGGAGCGAAAGAAGUUACGUUACUCAGACCUGGACUUUGAGGUGAUGCACACCCGGAAACGGCACUCAGAACUCUACCACGAGCUCAACCAGAAGUUCCACACUUUCGACCGCUACCGCAGCCAGUCCACGGCCAAGAGGGAGAAGCAGUGGAGUGUGUCCUCGGGUGGGGCAGCCGAACGGAGCGUGAGCAGCGAGAAGCCCAGUCCUGGGGAGCGUCCCAGCCUGACCCAACAUCGGCGACAUCAGAGCUGGAGCACUUUCAAAUCUAUGACACUGGGCUCACUGCCCCCUAAGCCCCGAGAGCGGCUGGCUCUGCACCGGGCAGCAGCCUGGGAGCCCACAGAACCACCAGAUGGCGACUUCCAGACCGAGGUGUGAGUGCCACGCUGGACUGCCCACCGCAUAUAAAUAUAUAUAUCUCUCUAUUUUCACACUCCACUUUGGAACCACCCAGGAGCCAGCGCCCCCUCCCCUCUCCCGAGGGCUGGGCAGGGAGGCGCAGUGGACUCAGCCAGGCUGGGGGAGCCAGACAUGGCGCGGCCUGGGGACCCAGGGCCCUUCCUUGUUUCUCGAGGCCCCUCAGCCACUGGAGCCCCAUCUUCACCCCAGCCUGUCUGUCCCUGUCCUGGGCUGGGGAGGGGGGAGGGCAACUUUGUUGGGAAUAAACUUCACUCUGUGGA